GUUGUACAACUGACUAGGUAUCCCCCUUUUCCCUACAGUUCAACAAAACCAUGUGCUUCAUUCCUACAGUACCACAACAGCCCCGUCUAGUGGUCAGAAGUGUUGUGUGCAGGACCCUGAGUUUUUACUGACUUUGUGACCUUCUAGACAGGUCAUGUGGGCAGGAGACGGGUAACAUGGACCUGGUCAUGAGUUCUGCACGUCAGACACAUCGCAGUGCACCACCUACAGUGCAAUAAAGCAUAACACUAUUAUCCGACUGCCCCACCAGUAGGAAUCAGGUCAAGUUGUCAUUCAACUGGAGGCUUUACAUGGGGGAAAGAAACAUUUAUUGAAAAUAUUAGGUUUUAAUAUCAAUGCCUUAAGUUGUAUACAAAAAAAUCUAGUUUCAUUGUCACAAAACGUAAAAAUAUUUAUCCAAAAAGCAGAUGUGUUUAUUGUUGCUCCUCCUUAUGAUGUAACUUCCGCUCAACAAGAGAAAGACUGUCCUUCCCGCCUUGGUUUGCAUUGCACCGACAGACUGGAACUCAACACGCAGCACACAGUAGUUUGUAAUAAGAGGCCACCAUGUCUAUUUGUUAUCUGUUUGGUUUAUUAUUGACAAUCCUGUUAAUUCAAGACUGUUGGGGUGGAGAAGAAACCAAGAAUGUUAGUUGUGCAAGCCUCCGAACUGGAAAUGCGUACAAAUACUGUGUAAAGGAGAAGGAGAAACCUAAAUGUGUGGAGUGGCAAUCAGUGUUUUCCAAUGAGACGUCUACGUGGCUUGCUGAACUUUGUCAACACAAAGACACUACACAUACACACAAUGUGAUUGAUGUCAACUACUCCUGCAUCACCCUCCCGGACUGUGUCAAUGUAGACCACACUGCCAUAAGUGAUCGGUCUGAGCAUUUGACCCAUUUCAAUGUGUCUGGUGCAGCAGAUGAGUCAAAGAAGCCUUUGGAGAAAGAGCCUGACAGUCAGAAUACAACUGCAGUUGGUGUUGUUGCUCCCGUGCUGGUCAUUGCUGGUCUGCUAGUGUUUUUUUGUGUGUGCAAACAUAGGAGAGACAAACAGUGCAACCAAGGCCACAGAGACGUGGAAGAGGUUCAGGGCAUUCCAGAACCAAACUCCAUUCCUCUGAUGCAGAAUGAGCAACGUGAUGCCAGUGACCAAGGAGGUGAGCCAGGAGAGGAGAGCAGGCAGCCCAUGGACAAUGAAGAGACAGGCACUGACAACCCUCUGCUGAAUGGAGAUGCCAGUGGCCAAGGAGAGGAAGGUGUUCUAGGAAUGGAGGAUGGAAAGCUGUCAGACAAUGACAGAGCAGACACUGAAAUCUGUCAGAAGACACAUGCUGAUUCCCAUCCACUGAAUGUACCCAAGGUUGUCAGGGUCAACAGCCAGACUGAUGACACACAGCUUCUGGGUCAACCUCAGAGCAAUGGACACGUGCCAUAUAGAAGGGAAUCACACCUGACCAAUGGGGCUCCAGGUCAGGGUGCUGGUGAGACUUCACCCCUCCUCUGCAGCCCAGGAGAGGAAGGCGUGCUAGAAGGGCAGGACAGGAAGUCAGCAGACAGUGGGGGAACAGACCCUGAAUCCUGUCAGAAGACACAUGCUGAACCCCCUCUAGUGAAUGGACACCAAGAUGUCAGGGUUAACGAUGAGACUAAGGAAGCGACUCCUGGUGCACAGAGUCCAGGACCUCCUCAGAUGAAUGGAGGUCCUCCCAUGUCUAACAGAGCUGCAGAGGAAACCACUGCUCUAUUGGACAAACAGGCCUUGGACAAGGACCAAGUCACCAAACCUCCUGAGUUAAUAGACCAAGGACCUAAUGAUAUGGAGUCAAGAGGAGAACUGUAACAAACGGUGGACGUUUGUAUAACAAAAGAAAACCUCAGAAGAUAAGAUACAGUAAUAUAUGAUAUAAAGUACUUAUUAUAAGAUACAGUAAUAUAUGAUACACAGUACUUAUUAUAAGAUACAGUAAUAUAUGAUACACAGUGCUUAUGAUAAGAUACAGUGCUUAUGAUAAGAUACAGUAAUAUAUGAUAUACAGUACUUAUUAUAAGAUACAGUAAUAUAUGAUAUACAGUACUUAUGAUAAGAUAAAGUAAUAUAUGAUAUACAGUACUUAUGAUAAGAUACAGUAAUAUAUGAUAUACAGUACUCAACAAUUUAUUAAGUUAAUUCUCUAUGUGACAGCUAUAAUCUAGAUAGGUUAGGAAACGUGUUUAAGUGAAAUCAGUUGAUAUUUCAAAACAGCCCAUUACUUGUAGAUAAAAUGACAAAAUGAUUAUAAUCUGAAAAUGAGUGUGACUUAUGACUGAUUAUGAUACAACAUGUCACAUAUUUAGCUAUACAACAUUAUAAUGAUAUGAAAGGAUGGUAAGAUCAUACUUACACUAGUAUUGUAUACUAUACAUACAAGCAAAUAUAAAUGACAUACUCAUGAGAAGAUGCAUAAAACAUAAACCUCUUUAGUAGAGACAUUUCCAAGAUCAGGAGGUCUCAAUGUCUUGUGGACAUGUCAAAUAGCUAAACAUUGACCGGGCGUUAUUAUUUACACUAUGUAUACACAAAUGUAUGUGGACACCCCUUCAAAUUAGUGGAUAUGUCUAUUUCAGCGACACCCGUUGCUGACAGGUGUAUAAAAUUGAUUACACAGCCAUGCAAUCUCCAUCGACAAACAUUGGCAGUAGAAUGACCUUACUGAAGAGCUCAGUGACUUUCAAUGUGGCACCGUCAUAGGAUGCUACCUUUCCAACCAGUCAGUUCAUCAAAUCUCUGCCCUGCUAGAGCUGCCCUGGCCACCUGUAAGGGCUGUUAUUGUGGAGCAUCAUUGGCUCAGCCAUGAAGGAGUAGGCCACACAACCACAACAGAACGUGACCGUCGUGUGGUGAAGCGUGUCAGUCGCAAUCGUCCGUCCUCGGUUGCAACACACACUACAGAGUUACAAACUGCCUCUGCAAGCAUCGUCAGCACAACUGUUCAUCAGGAGCUUCAUGAAAUGGGUUUCCAUGGUCGAGCAGCUGCACACAAGCCUAAGAUCACCAAGUGCGAUGCCAAGUGUUGGCUGGAGUGGUGUCAAGCUUGCCGCUAUUGGGCUCUGGAGCAGUGGAAACGCGUUCUUGCUUCACUAUCUGUUAGUCCAUCAGACGAAUCUGGGUUUGGCGGAUGCCAGGAGAACGCUACCUGCCCCAUUGCAUAGUGCCAACUGUAAAGUUGGGUAGAGGAGGAAUAAUGGUCUGGGGCUGUUUUUCAUGGUUCGUGCUAGGCCCCUUAGUUCCAGUGAAGGGAAAUCUUAACUCUACAGCAUACAUUUACGUUAUAGGUGAUUCUGUGCUUCCAACUGUGGCAACAGUUUGGGGAAGGCCCUAUCCUUUUUCAGCAUGACAAUGCCCCCAUGCACAAAGCGAGGUCCAUACAGAAAUUAUUUGUUGAGAUCUGUGUGGAAGAACUUGACUGUCCUGCAGAGCCCUGACCUCAACCCCAUCGAACACAUUUGGGAUGAAUUGGAACGCUGACUGCGAGCCAGGCCUAAUUGCCCAACAUCAGUGCCUGACCUCACUAAUGCUCUUGUGGCUGAAUGGAAGCAAGUCCCCGCAGCAAUGUUCCAAUAUCUAGAGGAAAGCCUUCCCAGAAGAGAGGAGGUAAUUAUAGCAGCAAAGAUGGGACCAACUCCAUAUCUCAACUCCAACCCAUGAUUUUGGAAUGAGAUGUUUGACGAGCAGGUGUCCACAUACCUUUGGUUAUGUAGUGUAGCAGAGACAUCAUUAUCACAGGGCCCAGUCUAAGAUGCUCUAUUUUACUGAUGAAAUUAUUCAUUAUUUCUGAAUUGAGAGUUGCAGCAUGUUAGUGUUAAAAUAACUUGCAUAGGGGCCUCCCGGGUGGCGCAGUGGUUAAGGGCGCUGUACUGCAGCGCCAGCUGUGCCACCAGAGACUCUGGGUUCACGCCCAGGCUCUGUCGUUACAGGCCGCGACCGGGAGGUCCGUGGGGCGACCCACAAUUGGCCUAGCGUCAUCCGGGUUAGGGAGGGUUUGGCUGGUAGGGAAAUCCUCGUCUCAUCGCGCACCAGCGACUCCUGUGGCGGGCCGGGCGCAGUGCGCGCUAACCAAGGUUGCCAGGUGCACGGUGUUUCCUCCGACACAUUGGUGCGGCUGGCUUCCGGGUUGGAUGGCGCUGUGUUAAGAAGCAGUGUGGCUUGGUUGGGUUGUGUAUCGGAGGACGCAUGACUUUCAACCUUCGUCUCUCCCGAGCCCGUACGGGAGUUGUAGCGAUGAGACAAGAUAGUAGCUACUAAACAAUUGGAUACCACGAAAUUGGGGAGAAAAAGGUGUUAAAAAAAAAAAAAAAAAAGUAUGAAAAAAUAUAAUAAUAACUUGUAUAAUUUGUCCCAACUUCAGCAAAACAUUUCACAGACUUUUAACACGCACCUGUAAUCCUACUUUCAGUAAAGAACGUUAAUCUUCCAUUUUCCUUUAUUUAAACCACUGUUUUCAUAGGAAAGCAUGAUUGGUCAGUUCAAACAGGAUGUUCUCUAUAUAAUGCAAUAUAGGAGCAUUAAUAACACCUUCUAUUCAUAAUGCAUCAGGAUGCACAAUAUAGGUGCUAAUAACUGCUCAUGAACAUCUAUAACUACAUAAAGCAUUAUCACCAGGAUGUGUAAUGCCUCAUGAAGAAAAGUAUUACUAUGCCAGAUGCCAUAUUUGAAAAGCACAUUACGAGCAUUAUAUUAUAUAUUAAGUGAUAUUCUAAUUUCACUGCAUACCCUCUUACACCUAUGUAACUCCGUCUUGAGGGCAUAAAGGGAUAGUUCACCCAAAUUACAAAACGACAUGUUGUUGUUCUUACCCUGUAAGCAGUCUAUGAACAAGUUAAGAAAGCAAUCCAAUGGCUUUGUUUACUGUACCUGGUUAGGGAAAUGCAAACGUUUUAGCGUUUGUAACCCUGUUAAAAGCAUUUUUCUGAAAUCAUCCUAGUGUCAACAUUUGAUCGUGUAGCUCAAUUAAGUCAUUUUAAGAUGAUUUGGACAUGAAGCACAAAAACAAUGCAAGAAAGGGGAUAUUGGCUUCACAUUACUUGACAUUGGAUUUGAUGUAAAAAGUUUGCAUUUGAAGACAGGGGUCAGGUAAACAAAACCAAAGCAUGGAUUGCUGUCUGACCUUGUCCAUAGACUGAUUAUGGCGUAAAGAAAGCUAAUUAUAUUUAGUAAUUAGAGUGAACAAUCCCUUUAACAGGAGUGCGGAACUCCUACGUGAAGUCGUUACAGUAUAGCCCUCUGACGCAAUUUCCUAAAGAGCAUUUCAUGUAGGUCAUACCACUUAGCUUCAUAAUCAUAAGGCAUUAUGCUGCCUGCUUAAAAUGCUGAAGGAAUAUAUAGACAUUAUCAGCCAUUAGUGCCAUUGUCAUGCAAUAUGAUGUAUAUAUUCAUAGAUUAUAAGGUGUUAUAAAUACACUUAUCACACAUUAUGAAGAGGGUAUUCAUAGGAAGUGUUACCCACAGGUCCAGCAGAAGGAACUGUACCCCACAUCCCCACCUACUAGUGACAUUGUGAAAAAUACCACAACUUUAGACAGGAAUUGUUUAAUUAGAAUGUUUAACACAUUGAGAGUAUCGGUCAGGUCAAAUGACUUAGGCGAAUGACAUACCCACAUACACUGACACCUUAUAACCUUAGUUUCAGAACAGGUUUAUAUUCUUCACAUUAUAAUUAUUUGUUUACUUACUUGUAAUGUAUUUGAUAUGUCCUGUCUGUGGGUUGAUCUCAUAUAUUUAUGAAUGGCUUUCGCCUGAUGCUUUUUAUGGUGAGUUACCUUACACAUGUAUUUAGUUUCAUUUCCUUAUUACAUUUUCAUUUCCAUUUUAUAGUACUAUGCAUUUUGACUGUUGGAUUGAUAUGAUCUGCUCAUACAUUUCCCUACAAGUGAGUGAGGUAAGACUAUUGUUUAAUGAACGACUCAGGUCUGAUGGAUACAGUUGUCCCUCAUACUCUCAUGUAUUAUUUGUAACAAACUUUCUGCAUGUAUCUGUAUGAGGAAACCUCUACAUUAUUGUCAUAUCUACUUUUUAGCCUGCAAGUUUAGGAGGGCUAUUCUGCAGAGUUUUGUGUUUUAUGUAAUAGAAAUUUAGAACCUAAGAUUACUUCUUAGUAUUAUAAUAUAUGUUUCAUUCAUUUCAUCAUUAAAACAUUCCUUUCCAA